AUGGCAGCCACGGACGGCCAAGUCGUGGUAGCGGCAUCACGUUGGUCCGACGAAGGCCACUACUUGAGGGAGUUCGUCGUCAAGAACCGGUUGCCUAAUGUGGCCAAGAUCAUCAAGGGCCAGUACGGGGGCCUCGGAGUGCCGACCCUGCCCAGUCCGGGGCUGCAGAGCACCGCGCUACUCGUGUCCGCGGGAAAGAGAAAGAAGAUAAUUGCGCAGGCGAUCAAACUGAAAGAGGGGCGGCGGAUGGUGAGCGUUGGUCCGAGACUCGCUAUACCGGAGACGUACAAAGGUUACUUCGAGCUGUUGAGCGAAGAGGGUAGGGCAGUGAGAUGCAUAGAAUCGGUAGGAGAGCUGGCUAGGAGGAAGCUAGAGGACGGCUGCUUAGUACGGGAGCCGGUAAGGGUGAUAUGCGCGAAGAUAGACCUAGACGGAAAUGUUACAGCGGACGGCGCGAGAAACCUUCCCGCUGGAGAGGUCAUCAUGCCUAGAGGGGAAACGUAUUUAGGGAAAAACAAAUAUCUGAAAUGUACGGACACUAAAGGCGAUAUGAUCUUGUUGAGCCUCGACCAGAGGGGAAAGUUCUCCGCUGUUGCGAAAGAGGAGAACAUCAGCGGCGUUCACACGGCGAAAACGUUACUAACUAAACGGCUACCGAUAACGGUGAGACUCGUGCAUGGGACAUCGCCAAGAGGUUUAAAAAGUGCCAGCCACUUCGUUCCAGAGCUCAGGCUUUUGUCUCUAUUCGAGGAGGACCACGUGUUCGCAUUGCCGCUGCAGAAGGAGGGGAACGCACUGAUCGCGCUGCCACUGGCGGCACCGCUAAAAAUGCUGAGGUGCAAGAACGAGGAGCACAUUAAGAACUUCAUGGAGUUCUCGAGGCUGGUGGAGAAAUGCAACCGUUUACUCGUCGAAGUGGUCGAUCGGAUACACGUACUCGACGGCAAAUUGGGCGACCCCAAGCGGCUGCUGAGUGCACCACUACACGCGCCGCCGCUGAUCAAGACGGGGUACUUCCUAAGGAGGAGCAUGUCGUCCGACACAGCUAACCAACACAAGCACAUGUCGCGCCACAACCACAUAUACAGCAGCCACAGAGACGAUAAUAGCAUCCCAGACGAGUAUGACGAGAUCGACCAGAUCUACGACUACGUGAGGGGCUUCGCGCCGCUCCCGAAGAACAUCAAGGCAUCGUACUCCAACGAGCCCACUCGCCACGAGUCCGCACCGGCGUCACCCGCCGCCACGCCGAUACACAUGCCGCUCAUAACCGAGAUCAAACCGGAGCCGCCACCAAUCGAGACGAUACCUACGAAGAAACCUCUGAACGCACAGAAAGCGGAGAAAAGGACACGUAAAACGGCGGUUACACCCAAAGAGACACCGGUCACGGUGUACAAGGAGAAGUGCUCAGUUGCGCCCGCAGCGAACAACCUACCCAAGCUUUACAUUAAAAACAGCGUGAGCAACAACAAGAGCCGAAUGGUCUUCAGUCAGAAAAGUCACUCCCCGACCAAGGAGACCCCUAGUCCUGUAACUAGUCCGAUAAGACCGCUAACUAAAGGGGAUUCCCCCAUCUUCAAUAUAAGGUACAAAAGCCUCUCAAACAUACACCAGGCCAUGGAGUUGGAUGGAACUCUGGACUCGAGCCACUCGGGCGGCAGGACGUCGGGUGACUCCGGGAACGGUCCAAAGUUGCCAGAGAAAAGGUGCAGGAAGCUUAGCAGGCCCAAAUCCCUAACCAACCUGGUGUGGGAGCUCAAAGGGUGCCCGGUGGAAGCGAACGAGAAACCAAAAUGUAGAAAUAAAAACGAGAGCUACAAGAAAAUCGGGAACAAACUGUCGCUUGGAGCUCAGAAGAGGGUGCCGACUUUGUAUCUU